AUGUCCCAAACCGUCAUCCGUCUCAACGGUUCCAGAACCUCCAUUCGCAACCUCCACGCUCUGAAGGAGGCUAUCCCGCAACCAACCAAGCAUGAAGUUCUCAUCAAGGUCCACGCUGUGUCUUUGAAUUUCCGUGAUAUCGCAGUUGCUACGUCUCAGUAUCCAUUCCCCGCAAAGGACGACGUUAUCCCCGGCUCCGAUGCAGCCGGCGUGGUCGCCGAGGUCGGAGAUGGUGUCCAGAAUGUCACUGUCGGAGACCACGUCAUUGGCACCUUUGAUAUAUCGAACCUUUUCGGUCAGCAGAUGAACUGGCUGAAUAGCCAGGGCGGACCCAUUGACGGUGUGCUGCGCGAAUAUGUCUGCAUUCCUGCGGCCUCUGUCGUCCAGGUUCCUAAGCACUCGCCGCAGAGCUUCUGCGAAUGGUCCUCGCUUGUUUGUACCGGUGUGACGGCUUGGAAUGCACUGUAUGCAAAUGUUCCGCUUAAGCCUGGUCAGACUGUUCUAGCUUUGGUAGGAACUGGAGGCGUCUCCAUCACCGGGUUGAUCUUCGCCAAGGCGGCCGGCGCAAAGACCAUUAUCACAUCCUCAAGCGACGAGAAGCUCAAAUAUGUGCAGGAGAAAUAUGGCAUCGACCAUGGUAUCAACUACACGAAACACCCUGAAUGGUCGAAGGAAGCCCUGCGUCUGACCAAUGGCGCUGGAGUUGACUAUAUCCUCGAAAACGGUGGCUCAGGCACUAUCGGGGAGAGCAUGAACGCGGUGAAAAUGGGCGGAAACGUCUCCGUCAUCGGCUUUCUGUCCUCCGCGGAACAGUCCAAGAUGCCGGAUGUCGCUGGAUUAGCCCUUGCGAAGGGAGCUGUUGUUCGUGGCAUUGUUGUUGGAUCGACUCAGCUGCUUCAGGAGGUUACGCACUUUGUCGCAACUAAUGGGCUGAGGUUGCCUAUUGAUCGGGUAUUCGAUUUCAACGAGAAGUCUGUGCUUGAGGCCUAUGAGUAUCUGGCUUCUGGAUCGCAGAUUGGUAAGGUUUGCAUCAAGGUGGCUGAAUAG